CGGGCAGCACGGCGCACCUGGUGCCGGCGGCGGCGCCCGCGCACGCGCUGCUGUCGGUGGCGCACGCGCUGCUGUGCCCGGCCAACGCGCUGGCCGCCACGCUACUGCCCGCCUGCGUGCAGGAACCUACCGCCGACCUCGACGUACUGCCCAUCGAGGAGCCCAUGAUGCCCACUGAUGACGUCAGCGAUCUCAAGGAUGUCUUCGACGCCAUCAACAGACUGUGCGAGACCAUGAGGACUUCCACGUACGACGAAGUCGCGGAUGACUCAGCGGAGGAAGAUAACGUCGACGAAGUAGUCGACACGGUAAGUAGCAAUAUAGUAAGUGUAGUGGAGAGAGUCAGUCAAGUCGAAGUAGAGAGUGAAGUCGCGCACGUCGUGGAGUGUGACGCGGAGCUCGUCAGCCCGACCGAGGUGUCGCUGCGGACCAUCGAGGCGUACCGCGCCGAGCGAUGGAGCGACGCACUGGUGUCGCCACCUACCGACGAGACGGACACGUUCCCCUCCGACACGGAGCCCGUGAACGCGGCCUGCGAGCCCGUCAGUGAGAUGUAUUACACUGCAUCCUCGGAAGUGUCUCUGUUAUCAGAUAUAGAGGUACCAGACAGACCGCCGGCCGAGGAUGAAGGAGCGUCUGACGCUAAAGACAAAGAGGAGAGAAAAGAAGUAGUGAUAGCAGGCCACGUGGCCGCCAUGCGCGAGCGCUUCGAGUCGAUGACGCGCACCAACACGCCGUGCCCGGACCUGGCGCGCUCCACGUCGCCCUCGCUCGACGUGUUCAGGAACAUCACGCCGUCUCCAGACUUACUGGGGUAGGCAGCUCAGUAGCUAGUGGGGCUGUGCCCGAUAUAUGACGGAGAGGAGUUGCUAGCUGUGGUCAUCACACUGGUGAUCACAGCGAUUUUGACACCAAGUAUUUAGGCUAAUGGUAUGAUUAAUUCGUCGAUAGAGCUUCCUUGAUAAGUGGCAGAGGACAGAGAAGCCCUCGAGGUGGAUGUUGAAGGAAGCCGUGUGCGAGAGCAUUUCACUUCCCCAACUUAGCGCCAUUUACCUACUUUAGAUAACUAUGUGACUGGAUAGCAUUUUGUAACCUCUAAUGUAAAGCUAAUCAGUAUUCGUUUCGUAUUCGAUCGUUGCUAGUCCAAAUUAAUAUUAUGAACACGAAUUGUAACCGACCGAGCGUGCCAAAGGUGUGUUCGCAAUUUAGCUAAAGGGUUGUGAUUUAUUUUCCUUGCAUCGUCAGGUCCCAAUUAAAAAAACAGUUACAUAUCGAGAAAGAUUGGUUGUUUAGUUCUAGUGUGUAUGUAGCCUUACGUAAGGGCAAUUAUUAUAAAGUAGGAGCUCAGUAUAGCGGGCUAGAGCCGCUAGGAGUGUAAUCAUAACUUUGAAGCAUCCAUUACUUAUCUACUUACAUUACCGAGUCACGUCGUGGCCGUGGAAAGCUCAAAUUUUGUAGUUUUGUAACUAAAUCGUAACUUGCAGUGAUUGUGUAUGUACUUGUAUUUCGUCUGACCAAGUAGCGUAUAAUGCUUAGCUUAGAUGUUACGAAACAAAUAAGUUUACAUGCAAUAUUAUUAUAAUCAAUGCCAUUUACAUUUUUUACAGAUUUAUGAAAUGUUUGCAUUUUAAAUUGCGUUUUUAAUGUUGCCAUAAAUAGGUGUUAAGUAUUUGUUGUGAAUUUUUUGAGGAUAGCAUCAUUUGUUUAUUUGAAAUUGAUUAAUGUUGUGAAUUUAUUUACUAAAAUAUUUAAUUGGGUUGAACGAAUCGUUUAAUGGUGAUACUAGUUAAAUGCAAUAAUUGUAUUAUUACUUUAUUAAGCCUGUUGUAAUUCAUGUAUUUAGGAUACGGUAUUAAUAUUUCUUCUUAUAACGACUUAGCGAAUAGUUGUCGUGUAUAAAUGUGUUAUGUGUACAGACGAGACCUUUUAUUAUAAUUCAAUAUACAGCUUUAUUAAUAUGGAAA